GGGAUCGGGUUGCGGUUAUGUUGGGCAAUUCGUGGGAGUUUGGGGUGGUUACUUAUGCGGUUUGGAAGGUUGGGGGGAUUUUGGUGCCGCUCAACCCAGCGUUCAACUCUCCGCAAGUCAUAGCCGCGCUUUCACACCUCGAAGCUGCGCAUUUGAUCAUUGGGACGGAGACGAAUUUACCUUACAAACCGCCUAGGGAGAAUAUCUCUCUACUUAAACAGAUCGUCCCAGAUCUGGAGAGUGGAAAAGUAGAGAGCAUCUCGGUGCCUAGUCUGAAGAAUAUCAUUCUUGUCGAUAACUCUGAAGGACGGAUCCAGACCGAGAGACUAAAGUCAACGACACCAUUCGGGGAGUUGAUAAAUGGGUUUUCAUCAAGUAGAGAGAGGGCGAUAGUGCCAGAUGAACCUCUACACAGAGAUGAGAUUAUCAAUAUCCAGUUCACGUCAGGGACGACUUCUACGCCGAAAGCAGCGUGUUUGACGCACCAUUCGAUACUUAAUAAUGGGUAUUUUAUUGGUUUACGGAUGGGUCUUACACCGGAGGAUGUUAUUUGUUGUCCGCCGCCUCUGUUUCAUUGUUUUGGCUCUAUUCUUGGGUACAUGGCUACCGCUACUCACGGCUCAGCAAUCUUGUUCCCGUCAGAAAGCUUCAACGCUGAAGCCACGCUCCGGAGUAUCCAAGAAGAAGCCGCCACGGGCCUUUAUGGCGUGGCAACCAUGUUCGUCGCCGAACUGGAGCUCCUCGCGCGAGGCGAAAUUGAAAUGAAAGGCUUUGAGCAUUUACGUACUGGUAUCGCGGCAGGAAGCUCAGUCCCUUCCCAUCUCAUGGAGAAAUUACACGAUAAACUGAACCUGACGGGUCUAACGAUCUGCUACGGCAUGACGGAAACGAGCCCGGUCUCUUGUAUGACGACCCCCGAUGACCCGAUCGAGAAGAGAGUCGAUUCCGUGGGGCGGUUACUCCCGCAUGUUGAAGCUAAAAUCGUAUCAGUCCACGACCGCAAGGAAAUUCUACCCCUGGGAGAAAAAGGCGAGUUAGUAGUAUCGGGCUAUAACGUCAUGAAACAUUACUACAACGACCCUCUCCGCACCGCGGAAGUCAGAGAAGUUGAAAUCCACACGAACCCGCAUACGAGGGUCACGGAUCGAAAGGUCUGGAUGUAUACGGGUGAUGAGGCGACGAUGGAUGAGCAGGGCUAUGUCCGGAUUACGGGCAGGAUUAAGGAUCUCAUUAUCAGAGGAGGGGAGAAUAUCCAUCCGCUGGAGGUGGAGAAUUGUCUUUUUGGCAUGAGAGAGGUGAGUGAAGUGUCCGUGGUGGGCGUCCCGGAUGACAGGUAUGGGGAGGUUGUUGCGGCGUUUGUGGUGGUGCAUAGGGGGGUUAGGGUUGGGAGGGAUGAUGCGGGGAGGGGGGAGGAAGGGGUUGAUCGAUUAGAGUCUGACCAUGAGAAAGGGAAGGGAAAGGGAGAGGUGCUAACGAGGGAUAUGGUUAGGGAGUGGGUCAGGAAGGAGUUGAGUAACCAUCUCGUCCCCAGGUAUGUCUUUUGGAUCGAUGAGUAUCCGAAGACGGCGAGUGGGAAGAUCCAGAAGUUCAAGUUGAGGGAGUUGGGUGUUAGGUUGUUGGAGGAGGCUGGGAAGGGGGGGAAUGUCGUCAAGUAGUCCAGUCCACAGAGACGAUGAGGAAUUUUACUCGAGAAGAGCCG